AUAGAAGAGACUCUUACUAUUAGUAAAGUACAAGAAGUAUUAGCCAAACAGGCGGGUAGUAGUCGUAGUAAUAGGGAAAGUGCGUUAAAGAGGGUGCGAGGAGAGAGGCAGUGCAGGCGUUGUAAGGAGACUGGGCACAACGCGCGCACCUGCAAAGUAGAAAUCGAUAGUACUAGUAAUAGCGAUAGAUCUAAGAAGUAA